CCGGGUCCGGGCUGAGCGCGCCCCGGGCGCCCCAGCGGUGCCCGCUCACGCCGGGCAGGGCGGGCAGACCUCGGCAGAGCCCGAAGCCGGCCGAUCUGGACUGGACAGAGCGAAUCCCGGACUGUGCGAAGCCCGGGAGAUGCCGGGCGUGGGCUGAGGGGAUCCCGGCGCCCUCCGAUCCCUCCGACUUUGGCUCACGCGCUGGGACCGGCCCGGCGUCGCCGUGGUCGCCCUGCGCCCGGGUCACCUGUGGCCUCGGAGCCCUGAGCCCACCGGACCCUCGCUCGUUCCCGCCCGGUAGCCCGGCGGGGGUUGGGGGAGAUUUUUCCUGCCCCCUUCCUUGGAGCACGGAGGACCCGCCCCCUCCCACCGUCCAGAUGUCUCCCAUGGCGGCUCUGAGGACCUCCCUGAGGCCAAGAGCCGAAGGGUCCAGAGAGAGAAGCCCGCCCUAGGGAGCCUUUGGGGGCCCCCCAACCUCCUCUUGGGGCUUGGCCCCCGACGCUGCUCGGAAAGAAGGCCGGUGCUCCCACCCUUGGGGGCUGCCCUUCUUCUCCGUCCAGCUCCCUUUUCAGAGCUGCCCACAUCUGGAGUCCCCUCCACAUCUGGAAGACCCCGGCCACAGUCCCUCUGCAGGUGUCAGUUGCAUCCGGAGACCUCUGCCUUUGCAACUGCCUAGGAGUUGUGAGGAAUGACUGCUGCCUUACCCCAUCCCAAGGGCAUCUCCUACCCUUAGUCCCUGCAGCGUCAUCCCCCUGCCUCUGUGCCCAGGCUCGGCCGGAGAUCAGCUCAGCACACGUUCAGGCACUUCAAGUCCUGAAGGCCACUCCUGAGACCUGAGGCCCCUCCCCCUGCUCUCCUAUGUCCUCACCUUGACCCCCCUCUGUCAGACUCUGUCUUCCUCUGGGUGUCCCAUUCCCCACCCAGAGGCAGAGGAGGAGAGGUGGCAGGGGGCAGGGGCUGGGUGAAGGCCACCCAGGGCCAGGGUGGGCUGGGGGGCCGUUAAGAUGUGGAGCUCUGCCUGGCCGAGGGGGGCUCCGUGGAGGCAGACACAGCGUGUGCCUGGCUGGGGGGAAUAUGGGCAGGCCUGCAGCCACGUGGUAAAGGAUGAACAUUCGGGGCACCCCGGACGUCGGGCAGCCCAGUGACAACCCCAGCAGUGGUGGCCAGCGGGAGCGAAUUCGACAGCGGAUGAAGAUGGUCAUCGGGCAGCUUGAGGGCAUCCUGCAGGAGCUCAAAGAGGUGGCCAAGGAGCUAAGGGAGGUGGUGAGCCAAAUUGAUAAGCUAACCUCCGACUUCGACUUUGAACUGGAGCCAGACGACUGGACCACAGCCACUGUGAGCAGCACCUCCAGCAGUGACAAGGCGGGUGUGGGCGGCCCCUUCGACCUGGGUCACCUAGACUUCAUGACAGCCGACAUCCUUUCGGACAGUUGGGAGUUCUGCUCCUUCCUGGAUGCAUCCACGCCCUCAGACUCCGUGGAUGGCCCAGAGUCGACCCGGCCAGCGGCAGGCCCUGACUACCAGCUCAUGAAUGGCGGCUUGCCCAUCCCCAACGGGCCACGAGUGGAGACCCCGGACUCCUCCAGUGAGGAAGCCUUCAGUGGCGGCCCUGCCAAGGGCCAGCUGGCCCAGCGGACCCCAGGCACGCGGGAGAGGGUGCGGUUCAGCGACAAAGUGCUCUACCACGCUCUGUGCUGUGACGACGAGGAAGGGGACGGCGAGGAGGAGGUGGCAGAGGAGGAGGUGGGCCUGUCCCCAGAGCCGCCCCGUACAGAGGCCCACGUGGGCCCCCUCAAGCCCUCCCCAGCUCCCUACAAGCCAAGACGCUCUCCAGUGACCAGCCGACGCCCAGGCCCCACCUUGGCCCCUGAGCAGACCCGAAGGGUCACCAGGAACAGCAGCACCCAGACAGUGUCAGACAAAAGCACGCAGACAUUGCUGCCUUAUACGGCCACCAGACAGAAAGCCAAGGGGAAAAACUAGGGGCUGGGGAGGGGGCUAGGGGGAAGUGGGCACAUAGAGCUAUAAAUAUAUAUAUAUAUAUAUAUUUAAACAAAUGCAGUCAUAAUAAAAUUUCAAAAUGCUAAGGAUCCAGUCCUGAAGGCCCGAAAGCUUUCACGGAGCCCAUCCGAGACCCAGAGGUGCCUACUCACCAUCUAGUCCCAGGAGGUGCAGCCGGACCCACCCUCUCUUCUCAUUGCAGGCCCCCUCAAGGGAGUGUCCAAAAGUAUGUCGAUUAGUUGGGAGAGGUCUAACCUGGGAGUCCCCUGAGGCCUCUGAGCACAGCAGUGGAGUCUAGCGGUGGAGACUGGCGCUGGCCUGGGCCCUGUCCCAGAGGGGACUCAUCGACAGGUAGCAGGCUCUCAAGGAGCGGCGUCCAAGGCCAAGGCUAACCAUGGGUCCAUCUGCAGGGCUGAGGGCCUAGGGGUGGCAGCACUCCAGCUGUGUCCGGGACCAUUUAUACGCCCCCCCACCACCACUCCCAUGCUUUCCACUCCAAGGCAGACUUGUGCCUCUCCGUCCCAAAGGCAGACCCACCUGGAGAAACAUGACCCCACCCCACUCCCCUUCCAUCUCUGGGUUCCCCAGGACACAGAGAAGGAGCAGACGCCAGAGGACCAGGCCAGAUUGUCUGGAGAGACUAGACCACCCCCAUCAUUCCAGCUCCCCUCCUCAGCUUUGUCCUCUAGGGACGGAAGACUUGGGGCAGAGCCUCAGCCAGCCCCUGACUUGGCCCCGUACAGACCUCAGGUCCGUGUGAGAGAGCAGCCAUGGGGCUUCGAACCAGGGCUAAAGGCAAGAUGGGGGCCUGCAGGUGACAAGGCUUCACCUGGGGUGUGGCCGACGCAGGCACAGCAUCUGGAUAUCCUGGAGAUAAUAAUCAUAAUCAUUGUUCACAUUUAUUGAGGAGGCCUCUGUGCUCCUCCUCUACUAGUAUGUUUUAUAAUAUUAUCUCAUGUAAUCUUCGCAAUAACCUGAUGUGAGAGGAACUGUUCCUAGCCCCAUUUUUCAGAGGAAAAGACUGAGGUUCAGAGAUGUUAAGUCACUGGCUGGAGGUCGCAGAGCCUGUGCCGCCCCGCCUCCCAUGGGUGUGUGGUUCCCAGGCUAUACCCGACUUUGCUAUCUAGCAGCUGUGUGACCUUGGGCAAGUCCAUUUGCCUCUCUGAGCCUAUCUACCUCAUCUGUAAACUGGGUCUGAUAGUCUUCACCUACCUCACCGGCUGCUGUGGGGCCUCAACAAGAUGGGAAAGGUGAAAGCACUUGGGAAGCACCAAGGCACCGGAUAGUCACCAUGGUCAAAGUGACCCCAACCUGGAUUCCAGUGUUUUCCAGGGUGAGAAACAUUAAGCGGGUGUGGGAAAGAAGCCACUUCCAUCAACUGGGAGCUGUCUGUGGGUCACUGCUCUGCUUUGUCCCCCACAUCAGCUCGAUACACCGCCUCGCGCUCAGAGCAGGGAGGUGUUGGCUGCGUCACAGUAAGGACAUCAGUCCUCGGUUGGGGGAGGGGGUCCUGCUGCACAUUUCAAAUAAAGCAGAUUUACAGCC